UUGAACGUAUUCUGAGCGAACGUAUCACAGCUCUACUAACCAUUUUAUUUUAGUUAAUAAAAUACAUAUAUUUCCUCUUUUUUUUCGUUGUGCGCGUACGAAAAGUGAAAAAAGACAUUCACGCGACAAUUACAUGUAGAUAAACGGGCUCGCUCGCUGUCAAAGACGCAGAUUUGCAACGAAAUUUCACAAUUCAUAUUCUUUUUUUUGUCGUUCGUUCGUUCGUUUUGGCCCUCCUACAAUAGUAAAAAGCCAACCUUGAGAAACACCCAGCACAGCAGUUUCCAACAGUUUCACUGCUCGCUCUCUCGUUUCGUGAUCUUCUGUCUAAUAUAAUAUAUAUAUAUAUCUGCAAUUAUAUAUAUUGGGAAAACAUAGGAAUUGUUUUGGAAGAACACGCUUUUUGAAGUAACGAGCGCGGCGGAGGCAUUAUUCAACCAAAAUGGAGAAGAUGCGGCUGCUUAAGGACAACCGCUCCGAGAUAAUUAUCGGCGGCAAAUAUCGGGUUAUACGCAAGAUCGGUAGCGGCUCCUUUGGCGACAUUUAUCUGGGAAUGAGCAUUCAGACCGGCGAGCAGGUGGCCAUCAAGAUGGAGAGCGCCAGUGCCCGUCAUCCGCAGUUGUUGUACGAGGCGAAAUUGUAUCGCAUAUUGAGCGGUGGCGUUGGCUUUCCCCGGAUCCGUCAUCAUGGCAAGGAGAGGAACUUUAAUACGCUUGUUAUGGAUCUGUUGGGGCCAUCGCUGGAGGAUCUAUUCAAUUUUUGUACACGUCACUUCACCAUUAAGACGGUACUCAUGCUGGUCGAUCAGAUGAUCGGUCGCCUCGAGUAUAUACAUUUGAAGUGCUUCAUUCAUCGUGAUAUUAAGCCGGAUAAUUUCCUAAUGGGCAUUGGGAGGCACUGUAAUAAGCUGUUCUUGAUUGAUUUUGGUUUGGCCAAAAAGUUUCGGGAUCCCCACACACGCGUCCACAUCCUGUAUCGCGAGGAUAAGAACUUGACGGGCACGGCGCGCUAUGCAUCGAUCAAUGCCCAUUUGGGUAUCGAGCAAUCGCGUCGUGAUGACAUGGAAUCCCUUGGCUAUGUGAUGAUGUAUUUCAAUAGGGGCGUACUACCCUGGCAGGGCAUGAAGGCCAAUACCAAGCAGCAGAAAUAUGAGAAAAUCUCCGAGAAGAAAAUGUCCACGCCCAUUGAGGUGCUGUGCAAGGGCUCACCGGCCGAAUUCUCCAUGUACUUGAACUAUUGUCGUAGCUUGCGCUUUGAGGAACAGCCCGACUACAUGUACCUACGUCAAUUGUUCCGCAUUUUGUUCCGAACGCUGAAUCAUCAAUAUGAUUAUAUCUAUGACUGGACAAUGCUGAAGCAGAAGACCCAUCAGGAUCAGGCGAAUCCUGCUCUGCUCCUGGAACAGUUGGAGCCGCGCAACGAUCGCGACAAGGAGAAAGAGAAACCGACCAUCAAACCGCUGCUCACAGACUAAAGUAGGAGAGAGGACACAAGGAGCAAGGGGAGGAGAAGAAGAUGGAGAUGCAGAUGGAGGAGAAGAAACAGCAGCAGCAAACUCUCAAAAACAAAAUCGAACACACAACCAAGGAUGUGAGAAUGCGUAAAAAACUAAGAGAAAGGCAAUUGAAUGAUAGCUACGAAAAGAAAUAUAUGGAGAGAGCGAGAGAGAGAGAGAAGGAGAGGAAAGAAGGAGAUGGCAAGAGCAAGUGAACGAGAGUAGUGGAGAGAGAGAGAGAGAGAGAGAGAUAGAGUUGGAGAUGAGCGGAAGUUAGGAUGUUUCUUAAUAUUAAUUUAAAUUCAAUACUAAACAUAUAAGGAACAAGCAAGAAAACAACAACAACAACAACAAAACAAACAAACAAACAAUAUAUCUAAAUGGGAUUCACCAACAAACAACAAGCAGCAUAUAAACAUACAUACACAGGCACACACGCCCAACACACACACACACACACAUAAACACUCUCACACACACACACACACACACAGAACAUAGCUACAGCUAAACUUAGCAUAAUAAUAAUAAAGUAAAUGGAAA